AGUGCUUCCGGAAGUGAGAAAAUGUCGAGACUACUGAAACAUUUAGGGUUUGGUGGAGGUAAAAAGAACACAUAUCCUCCACCAAGGGCUGAUAUAAUUAUACCACAGAGAGGAUCACCAGUUUCGCUUAGCUAUGAAUAUCAAGGCUCGGAUUCAGACACCUUUCUAUCGGACCAAAGCUCGCUACAAAACUCACCUCCUGUUUUGACAACAUUCGGUCAUACUGUAUCCCCAAAGUCAAAACGAAAGGAAAAAGACAAAGAUAGGCAAGGGAAGAAAAGGGCACAGAAAGACAAUGUUAUGGCAAUCGCGGCAACAGAAAAAACUUUGUGUAAUGCUUCAAGUAUGAGUCUGUCGAGCACAGACAGUUAUGGAUCUAAGGGGUCACUAAAAUGUGUUGAUGAUUCCAGAGAACAAGUACAAGCACAGGAUCCCCCUAUGGAUGGUGCCUAUAGUGAUGUAAUAGACACCAGAGAAGGGGAGGAAGGUCCAGAGGAAGCUGAUACACUACAAGAAAUGUUAGACACAGACCUGUACACAGAACCUUAUGGUACUCACAGACCUAUCAGAGUCUUCCCAGAUGGAGAUGUCAGUGAAGAGGAAUAUGACCUACCUUAUGAGUUUGCCAGUCCCACAGAUGCCCUUGGGCAACAUUUAACAUCAGAGGGUCACAUAUACAGUAAGACACAACCAGUGAUAGCUAGCCCUGCUAAAGUAGCAACAGAUCAACAAGAAGAAAUGUAUGACAGACUGAAAUUGCAGGUUAUUCCCAGAGACAAGCCUAUUCCUGUAAAACCUGUAGUGCUACGAGACAAGACCACAUUAAGUCAUGCUAGGAAGGCUACCAAACCACCACUAGAUGAUGGCCGACCCAGUAAUGACUAUGAUGACCCGUGGGAGUUUUCCAAGACUAAAACAAAUUUGGUGCAAGUUGGUUUCAAUGGGACAUCCCCCUGUGGAAGCUCCGCAUCCACAUCCGGUUUUAUCAAGUCGAGUGUCAGGGAGCAAAGAACAGCCAUUUGUAAUGACAGCUGAGGCUGAUCCAAGACCUGCAGCAGACUAUGAACAACCUUGGGAAUAUAACAAAAAGAAAAGCUUAGUGUUUGAGAAUAUGCCAGCUAAUCCUGAUCCAGUAGAUGGGAGUUUACAGCAUAUAGACUAUACAAAAAAGUCGAACAGAAUAUCACGUCAGAUUUCAGCAUCUGACACAGGAAAAGUGCCGUUACAAAGGGGGAUGUCAUACGACAGUGGUGCUGACAUACCACCUUCCCCUGCCCCCAUCACUGUCACUGAUCAUAGGGGUCAAGGUGUCACAACUGGUGCUUCUGAGAAUUAUGAGGAACCUUGGGAUCUCACAACCCAGCAAAAUAUAUUUGAGAACAAGCUACAAAACAAGCAUGGCAGAUCUAACCCUCUCCCAAGGGCCGCCUCUGCUGAGCAUGAUAUCCCCCAUGCUCAUAAUCAUCAUAAACAAUUAAAAUUUCAGCAAUCUCUUCCAAAUUAUGAAGAUCCUUGGGACUUAGAAAGCAGGCAGAAAGAAUUCCAAAGCAAACUUAAGAUUAAGGAGGACAAGAAAGAUGCAGCUGUGUCAGAAAAAAGUCAUGUUUAUGACUUGUUUGAAAAACAAACUAACAAAGAGGGUAAAGUUACAUUCUCACAACAAGAGCCUGAUAUUGCAAGUAGCAAACCAAAUGAAAUGUCUCGAAAAAAGCAUUCACAGGGUUCAGUUAAAAAUCGCAAGUCAUACAAAAUGGCCACAGGGGAUGUGCCAUGUGAUCCAGAGGUCUUUGACCAAGACACAGGAAAUGAAGAUUACAACUACUCUCAAGAGGUGAACCAGGAAUUUCAAGAAAAUUCAGCAAGAGAGCACUUACCUAUACAACGCAUACAAAGUAUAAAAAAUCGAGAUUCCUACAGACAGGCAGUGGGAGAUGUUGAUGUUGUGCAUGAGGGUAAAAGUGCUGAAUGUGGAGGAAAUCAGCCAUCUGGCUCACUACAAUUGUCUGGAAGGAGAACACCACCACAACCAGCACGACCUCCAAAACCCAAAGCCUCUAGAGAGUCUAGUCCAAUGCCAAGGAAAGAUGAUAUGGUGGAACCUUUGGAACAAAACCAUUUGACAGAUGCUGAUACCAGACCCACUGAAGAUUAUGAAGACCCCUGGGACAUUAAAGCCAAGCAGCAAGGGACAGCAGUUUCACAGCUGUUGGCAGGUAGUGGGAAAGUUGCUGUUGUCCACCCAAAUGUGCAGAAGUCUAACAGUACUGAAACAUUAGGAGAAAGAAUAGAUCCAGACAUACCUUUGGUACACCAAGGAUGGUAUCAUGGCUCUAUUAGUCGCACAGAAGCAGAGAACUUGCUCCGUGUACACAAAGAGGGAAGUUUUUUGGUACGAAUGAGUGAGAGUAAUAAAGAAGAUUACUCUUUAUCACUAAGAGGUAAAUGUGGAUACAUGCAUAUGAAGAUCACACGCAAAGAUGGAGGUUAUGUCCUUGGUCAGUUCAGUCAGCCCUAUGAGACCAUCCCAGGAAUGGUCAACCACUAUACCUUGAAUAAACUGACUAUUAAGGGGGCAGAACAUAUGUGCCUUUUGCACCCUGUGGCUGGGGAUGUUCUUUAGAUUCUGGUCGUGAGUUGGGAAUAGACUGAGAUUUUUCAUUAAAUGUUUUCAGAUAACCAUGUUGCUUUACAUAGCAUUUAGCAUUUUUAGACAUAAUGUUGUUCCUGGUGUAAAGUGGAGUUUAGCCUCUUGCCAAUUUAAGUUAGUCCCAAAGUGAUACCACAACCAAAGAGAGGCUAAAGGGUAAACAGAGCCCUUUACUCCUCUGAUUACAAGAUAGAUUUGCUUAUGUAGCCCUUUUAUGUGUGAAGAUCUCAAAUAAAUGUACUUACGUUAGUCAUUAAGUGCUUUAUAUAUAAUUACUUUUCUACAUGAAAGUAAUUUACCCAUUUGCUAUGUGUUAGUGUUAACGGUAAUUAUUGUUAACAGUUAUAGCAAUUAAUGGUAAGCAAACCAAGAAAAUAUAAGCACUCCUUUUCAGCAUUUAACAUGUGCAGGAAUUGUAUCCAGGAACUAUUAAAAACAAACAGAGUUCUAAGAGAUGUUUAUUUGAGAAGAAAUGUAUGCUUAAUUUUUCUGGGAAUGUUUUAGAUACCAAUCUCUUAUCAAUGACCCUUUUUAAUAGAAAUCCAAAAACAACUAUUCCGCAUGUUCUGUGUUCCUAUAUUUUACAUAUAUGUAUAUAUGAGACAUUGUUUGUAAGCUUACACUUUCAGACAUCAGUGUGAAAUUAUGGAGGAUUUCAUGUUCACAUAAAUGUUAUUGUUAUGUAUCAUGCUUUUAUUUUUUAAUUACAUAAACCUGUAACUCCCUUAAUUACUGUAGCAAAGAACUGUAUUAUUGUAGCAUAGAACUUAAAAGUGAAAAGGCCUGGUUCUUUAUCAAGAAUUUGUAUUUAAAAAAUGAGAAUUUAGGCCACAGGACAGUACUGAGGACAUAUUCAGCAUUGUUUUUUUUUUGGUAUUUUCUUAGUGUAUUUAAAGAUGGCAAUUAAGUUCAGCCAACACAGCUUUAAAAAUUGCUUCCCUGUUAUAAUGCCAUUUAACCAUCAGAUGCUUCCUUUUAUCAUGUAUUUGUAAUUAUAUCAGUAAAAAACAUUUAUUGUUGUUAUUUCAAAUAGCAACUCAUUCUGACAUACAGUGGUACCUUCUAAGUGCAAUAUAGCUUAUGCUGAAUAAAAAUGUCAUAAAUGUUGUCCAAGUGCAGUGUAUUUAAAAUGUUUGAGAUAUGUGACAAGCAGUGUUUUUAUUCACUUCUAUGUUAAAAAUGGAGCAUCAAUAUUAUUAUUAUUAUUAUUAUUAUUAUUAUUAUAUAAAGUUUUUUUGGCAAGGACUAAUUUCAGAUCAGUAGCAGAUACUGCAUUGAAACAUUUGUUUAAAAUACUACAACAUGCUGGGAGAUGCAAUUUUCUACAGAACUUUAAAGAAUUUAUUUGAAAUGUUUUCCCCUGAAGUUGGUAAGAGGUGUUUGAGGUCAUAGUUUGUAAUAGCUUGGACAAGAUUUCUGUACUGAUGAAAGGUCCUGGUUUGUAAUUGACUAGGUUGGUAUGACAACAGAAGAAUGCUUGUAACAUUUUGUUCAUUAGCAUUAGGUGAAAGUAGCACUUUCUGUACAAGUUAACACAGGUGAGUAGUAUUUGCUGUUCUGAUAUCAAAAUACAAACUCUCACUACCUAGGGACCUGCUUCCUAACUGAAGAUGUAGUUACAAUUAAUUGAGCUUAACAGGAUUUUCUAAUGAAAUCUUAGUUGCAGAUUUUAAAACGUUUACAACGACUUCCAACAUUUUCACUAUUAUCAAUCAGAGCUUGAUGUGGUCACAUUACAGAAUAGAAAGUUGAUUGAAUGAGACAAAAGUAAUUCUAGUUUCACUAGGCAAGAGACCAGAUUGUCAAAUAGUGGAAGGGGAGUGGGGUAAAUAUUGUCCCCUAGCUGUUAUCUUUUUGAUUCUGCUGUUGAAGAUGAAAGCAGGUGGGAGUAGUGACCCUGACAAAUACUUCCUUCUUUCAAGUUGGACCCAUGAUGGGUGUCACAAUUGCCCACGAUAUUGCAUGUUUAUCAACUCUCAACGAAGUGUUUGUUAAAAAAAAAAAAAAAAAAUUCAGUCCCGCUAGAUGAAAUUUUUGAAUUGUCGGUGCCACUUAAGGAAGCAUGUAUCUUUUGACAUGUGAUUUUUAUUGGAAGUUAAUAUUGGCAUUAAAACUGUCAGGGUUCAUACAGGAACAACUGAGAACAAAUGGAAGGACUUCAAGGAAAUAAAUUUGAUGCAUUUAUUGAAGUACUUUUCAAGGACCAUUGAAUGCAAAUGAGGGUAAAGUACUGUCAUAUGUUAGUCUACAUACCAAAGAAAAAAGGCAAGUAAGAUUUCAUAGAUACUGUAUUUUAACACAUUAAUGAUGAAACAUGAAAAUAAUAAAAUCAAAUGAUGCCCAAAAGGGGUAUUCUGACCUGCAAAUUAUUUUCUACAUGCAUGUUAAGAACAAGAAGAUCCCCAAAAAGUUUGAAAAUUUCUUUAACAAAUUUCUUGAACAAAUAUGAGUACUUUUUCAUGGUUAAAAAUGGAGUAAAGUCCUUUUCAAGGAUAAUAAGCACUUUCAAGUACUUUUCAAUGCCACAAACUGGAUUCAAGGUGCAGGGCUGUAUGAACCCUGACUGUUAUGUAAAGCUCAAUGUAUUUUUCUCUUAAAAUAUUUUGAUCUGUAUGGUAAAUUAUUUUUAAAGUUAGCUUAAAUACUUUUCAAAUUUGAAAACAUGAUUUCAUGCAUGUGUAAAUGACACACAUAGUAUGUUUUGGGGUAACCUUUUUAAUAAAGUUCAGCAUUAUCUGUUUUGAUAUAAUCACACCUAAUUAUUUAGUGAUUGCACCACCUACUUUAGCUUCCUUGCUUUGAAGGAAGGAAAAGUUAAAUUUGAAAAUAUAAUUUCUUAUUAUUAACUAAGGAAAAAAACAUCUGAAGGGAAACUGGGAAGACGUAAUCCUGAUAUAUAUUUAUCUGUUAAAACAGUAACAAUUUGAAUUGAAGAGUAUUUCUACAAGAGGGAAAUUAACACAAGUAAGACAUUCUUGUCAAAUAGGAGAUCUAGAUAGUUGAAGUUAUAAACAAGGCAAAAAAGCUGCCAAAUGUAUAGACACAAACAAUAAUGAUGCUUGCACACAAUAUAGUUUUGGUCAAAUUUGAUGCAAAAUUAUGAUGUUUACGUAAUGGCAUAAUCACCACCAAAUUUUAAUAAAGUUCCAUAGGCAACAUGGACAUCAAGAUAAUGUAAGUGUGUGUUAGUGAUAACACAUUAAACAUGCCAAAGUGAAAAAAUGAAAAUUUC